CCACUUCUGACUUGCGUGGCUGCCAUAGAGACCUACGAAUUGUGAAGGCGAUUACAACUAGCCAAGGCGGCCGCCGGCCAGAUUCCAGAAGCGAGGUUGUUAGGGCCACAAGGGAUAGGCUGGAUAGCUACCGAUAACUCGGCAAGGUAGCAAAAGCUAAAAGCCCUACUACUUGUUCAAGUUUUUAUUUUGUUCCCACUUUUCCUUUAGUUGAUUAUACGAUUAUUGUUUACUUUUUAAUUUUGAAUUCUUCUACAUGUUUUAAAUUACUCCGACAGAAUUUAGAAAUUCAUAAUGACUCCUAUAAUCAGAAAAUACUAUCCAAGAGUUGUAGACAAAAGAACUGUUUUGAUACUAGAUUAAUAUGAAAAAUUGAAUUUCUAAGAGUUAUAGAAUCAGAAACUACUAUCCAGAAAAUACAGGAUAUGAAAAAUUGUAGACAAAAUAACUCGAGAGUUGAUACUAUCCAAAAAGUACUGUAUAUUGUUAUAAAAUUUGAUAUGUGGUACAAACUAUAAGUUUUUAUUUACCAUUAGCAUUGUUUUGGUAUUGAAUAAUGGGGCCUCUGAUUUUAUUUUGAACAGGGCCUUCAAUUUGUUAAGGCUGGCCCUGUUAAAAUGAAUAUAUGAUUAUUUGAUUAGUUUAUGAAUGGAUAAAUUGAUUUAAUUCAUGGUUGUUUCAUGUUUAUAAAUGAUUAUGAAUAGUUGAAAAAUAAUUAGUCUGUUGUUUGGAUGUUGAGCGUCAAUUCAUAUUCUUAAUUGUUGAUUGUUAUUAUUGAGUGUUGAUGUUAUAUUUUAUUGAUUUUUUUUGAGAGUUAUAUUUUGUUUAUUUUGUUAGUUAUAAAAUUUCAAUUAUAAUAAAAAUAGCUGAAUCUGGAUUGGAGAAAAAAGAGAGGAGAAGAUUAGAGAAAACAACAUUUUCAUUCAUUCAUUUCAUUCAUUUUCAUUUACCCCAGUGUCGCAAAGGCUCCCACCUACUGUGGGGUAAGGGGGGUCGGAUGUACACAGUCUUACCCCUGUACUAAAGAACAGAGAGAUUGUUUUUGGAUGACACAUAGUGAAAAUCGCGUCCAAAAUUGCAUGGACUGACUGCUGCUCCAUAACAAAGAAGCGCAGACAGUUUAGUGAGCCAUUUUGCUUUAUUCCAUCAUAAUCUCAAGUCGAAAAAUAAUGAAUUUUUGGCUCCAUUGCAAAUGAUGGAAAUAAGAUUAGAGAAAACAACACUAAAUAAAAAAGGUUCAAUGGAAAAGUUUAUUUUGUGAACAAGUCAAUUCUUGAAGGUUCUCUUCAAGAUGAGAACUCACAGGAGGAGAAUGCUUUAGCUACCGAAAAUGAAACGGUUUCACGGGAGGGGAAAAUUUAAGAGUUAUAAAAUUGGUAGUGAGCAGCCAAAAAAUGAUUUUGAAAGUGUGAUAGCACUUAUUUAACGAAUUCAAGUAUUUUCAUUAUUGUAAAGGUAUUGAAGUGUUAUUAUUUUGCAUGUUAAUUUAGAUGGAAAAGAUUACAAUUUCUUUGGAUUAAGCCUAUUUUAUAUAAUCUGCCACUCUCAAUUAUAUAGGACCGCCCCUUGCACCAAGAACCAUACUAUUGAUCUAGAGGAGCAGGCUAUGAGGAAUUCGACUGAUAAACAGAUGCUCUUGUAUGAGGGGAAUCAAGAGAGACCAAGGAUAGCUAUAAAAGAUUAUCUGAGCGAUCAUAUAAAGAAAAAGUACCAAAAGCUAGAGUAUAGUGGGACAGGACGUGUUAAUCGCCUAGACUGGUCGGACGAUGAAAUCAAGACUCUCGAGUUUCUUGAAGUGUCGAGCUAUAGACAUCUCAAUGAAGGGAAUAAAGUUGUUGUUUUAAAGUUGGCAAUGUCUGCACUAACUGAUGCAGUGAGUGCUGCUUCUGUAGGAGCAAUACUAUCAGUAGCUUGGCAAUUGGCUUCAUGUGAAGAUGAAAAAAGGCUUAUUUUCUUUGAUUCAAAGAUGAUGACUUGCACCCCAAAGCCAAUGCAGAAUUUGGAGGCUCGAGUGAUUAGAGAAGCUAAGCUACUGAUCGUAAGCCGUUUGAGAUGCCUCCUCAUCUGACACAUAAGGAUAUCGAAAAGUGCUGUGCAUAUAUGUGCACUGCUUUGCUGAGGUUAGCUGUCAAGGAUGAGGACAAUCUUAUACGAGCAUGGGAUUAUAUCUGUGACCAAUACAGAAACUUUUAUCGAGAUGAAAUUGCAUUUCGAAUUACACCUGAUCGAGAAUGCAUCGCUGGCAUAAGGAAUCUGUUGCAGACAAGAACUCUUCUCCGAAAUACUGUAGGAGUAUUUCUGUUAGCUUUUCAAGAGUUGGAAGGCAAAGACAAAAACCUGUGCAAAAUGUUGUAUGAGGUACAGAUGUGUUAUGUCGGCAUUCAUGCUUAUAGUCUGUUGCUGUAUUGCUCCGCCAGAUUAAAUGCACCCAUCAGUGAGUUUGCCACUUUGCUUGAGCAUCCUAAUACAAGUAAAUCAUUGGAAACUGUGCUUUAUAUACUUACCCAUUAUGAGUUCCCCAGUGAAGAGAGUAAAGAGAUGGCAGAAAAAGCAAAGACUUGGAGGAGUUCUCGCAAUGGUGUCCCACAAGAUUGGCGGAGGAGGAUUUGGAGAUGUAACAAAAAUAAGACCAAUUUCUGGGCUUAUAACUCAACAAAGAAAGUGGUUUGAGUUCGUUGCUGAUAAUGUAAUUGCACAUUGCUACGCUGCUGGAUGGGUUAAGGGGAGAACUAGUAAAGUACUUGUGAAGUCUUAAGAUCAAGUAUUCUUCAUUUUGUAAUUUAUUUAAUCGUAUCAUCUAAUAAUAAGUAAUAAAUAUUCUAUGGGGAAGAUCAAGUACUCAUCUAUUUUAUACUCCGUAAUAACACACACAUUUACUUACGGGAUUGUGCCAUAAUUGAUUAAGAAUAAAAUGGUUCUUAUGUCUUCGCCCUAAAA